AUGGACGCGCUGGCCCUGGCUGUGGCCAGCAGGUUUAAACAGAGAGUCCUGGCUGUGGCAAAGCAGAUUAGGGUUGAGGCACAGCCAAGCCCUUUCCCCUCCCCUCAGCCUUCCUUUGUUCUCGUUGCAGCUGGAAACGUCUCCAGGGAAGCCGGAGAAGAGCAGAGGGUGUGGGCUGAAGCAGGGGGCUGGGCUGUGCUCCCCUGCUGCCUGAGCCCUCAGGACCUGGGCAGCAGCUUAGGGGAGGUGUACAAGAGACUGUCAGUUCGAUGGGAGCGCCAUGGGAGCAGUGCCCACAAGGUGCAUCGUAUGGUGAUCAAGGUGACCCCCAGCGGUCUCAAAAUACGGACCCGUUCCAUGAUGCUCCGAGCCUCAAUGUGGGACAAGGACUUUCUCCGUGGGAAUUUUUCGCUCCAGGUCAAGCCUGUGGCAACCAGUGAUGCAGGAGAAUAUACGGCACAAGUGGCCUAUGGCAGCAAGGUGCAGCACUGCAAGUUGAAACUGGAUGUGGUGUCAGUAACUGCAAACCUUCACCGUCCAUUUGUUGCUUCUGAGCCUGUUAAGCUAACCUGUAACGCCACACUUCCAGAAAAACCCAGGAAGAUACAAUGGUUCCACGCUGGUCACCUCAUCACCACAUCUGGUCGUUUCUGGUCUGCAGACCAAUCUCUGUUGAUCUCCAGAUCAAUUGGUAGUGACUCUGGGCUCUGGGCCUGUCAACUCACCUAUGCAGGUGGCGAGAGAGUUUCUGCCACGCACCACUUGCAAGUCAUAGGAUUUGCUGAGCCAACCUUUCCGGUAGUCUUUGCUGCAGUAGGAUCCGAUGCUCACCUGCCCUGCAUACUGAAUAACAAUUUUGUGGGCUACCAUAAUGCAAAGGUAGCCGUCCGUUGGAGCCACAUGGCUUGGGACGACCUGAAGGCCAACUCCAACCCCCUUCAAGAAAACAACAGGAACUUUUCCUUGUAUCUCCCUGCUGUGGGUCCUGCUAGUGCGGGCCAGUAUCGCUGCGAGGUCUCCAUCAAUGGCACCGCCAUCUCCAAGAAUGUCACUCUGGUCAUAAUGACAGUCAUUCCAAGCAUUGAGGGCCCAGUCCUAGAGGGAUCUCACUUGCUACUCACCUGCAAUCUAAGCCACUCCCUGGAAAAGCUGCACGUUCAAUGGAAGCUGUUGAGUUCACGGCCCAGAAAUGGGUCCAAAGCUGCCUCCGGAAGUUUUGAGCGCCUGAGCUCAGGCUGGACACUGGAGUUCUCUCAGGUGUCACCUGAGGAUGCCGGAACCUGGGAGUGCAGCAUCCACAGUACAGAAGGGAUGCAGGGAGCUGUGCAUUAUCACCUGGAAAUUGCAGGUGCCCAAAUAGCGAGUCCAGGACAGAACGUGAAGCCUGCGAUUGGGAAGAUCACUUACGGACUGAUGACGAUCCUCUUCGUCCUGGUGGUUUCCAUCACAGUUCUGGCCUUCUUGAGGCGAAAGACUCACUCACUAAAUUUCCCAGCGCUGGAUAGACUGGUAGCGGCUGCCCUGCCCAGAAAAGAGGUCACGGAUGGCAUCCAUGAAGAGAAGGUCUUGCAGAUAGACUAGAGAGGCCAACGAAGAAAUAAAGUGACAUUCCUCACAACUGGGAGGGGGGGGCAGACGGGCCCUGUGAAGCACAGACCUGAAGGGGCGUAGUGAGGGCUUGCUCAGCCCAGGGGAUUCUCAGACUGUAUCUUUUCUCCUACAAGACCCAAAGCAACAUGCAGGGUCCAAUCUGGAGAUGGAAAACUAAUACAGAAGGAAGUGUUAAGAUGCCUGCUGCCCACAUCCUAGUCUCCAAGGUGGCUGUUUUGUAUAAAAGGGGGACGUGCGUGUUGUGGGCAGUGUGAGCUUUGGAGAAGGGAUGCAGGAAUAUUGACCAGUGCCCGGAGGGUUCAAAAGUGUCCUGAGACUAGACAUUGUCUGUCCGACUCCCAUUCCACUCUUUCUGCCCGUGUCUAUGGAAAUACCUUUUUUGAAAAAGAAACAUUUGUUUUUUUUUAAGCAUUUUUUGUUUAAUAUUUCAAAAGUGUAAAGAGAAAUCAGAUGACGUGCCUUUGGCUUUGGAGUGUCUCUGUGGCUGCUGCUGGACGGAUUUUGGAAAAUCUCCUCUUUUCUUGCUUUGUUUCCCAUCUGCUUUGAUGCUUGUAGAUGAGAGAAAGGGGACAACAGAACACAGACGCAGCACUUGGAGGAAGUGCUGCACUGAAAGUUUGCAGAAAAGCUCCGAAACUCCCAACGAGCGCCAGCCAGGUAGAACAGCAGCUAAAGACCAUCCCCUGCCCAGUGUUCCCAUACAAUACACUUCUUUGUAAACAUGUAUGUAGCAUUCACACAUUGCAUUAUAAUUAUAUACCUUAGCUAUACACUUUUAAAAAUGUGAUAUGUGAAGAAUCAAAAAGAGUCCAGUAGCACCUUUAAGACUUAACCAAUUUUAUUGUAGCAUAAGCUUUCGAGAAUAUGUGAAGAAGACACACUUGGUACACCUGAGCAAAUUUAAGUCCACUAAAUGUAUAGCUGCCAACACACCUGGACAAAAAUGUCCUUUCCCUUUGAUGUGUAGCAGUGAGCUCUCGAAGCAUUUCAUGGCAUGGUGGGAAAGGACAUCGUCUGGUAAAUGUCUAGUUAAGUCUCAAUUAUAGGGACAAGGCAUUUUUUCCCAACCUUGUUGGCAGGGCUU